GCCCGAGGCUGCUUUACGAUGAAGUUUGCACCCUGCUUUCUCGGCCUCAUUUUUUUCUUUUGUUAUUUCUAUAAUUCUAAAAUGCUCAUCGUCAUUUAAUGCUUGUUCGGAGCUCUAUGUAUCAUGGUGCUGAUUUCAAUACCGUCUGGCUUUUGUUUCCCCAUAAUUUGUUCUUCUUUCUCUCCCCUUUGCAGGUUGGAAUUUGGAGGGAAAAUUAUAUGAUAAUGAUGGGUCUCGUGACGAAUUCUAGAGGCUUGAGAACGGAGGCGACCCAUGAAGGCUUGCCGGUUUCGACAACAGCGGUUCCCAGGAGGAAAUGGGGUAAUUGGAUGCCUCUGUUUGCAAUUUUCGUGGUCAUUGCAGAGAUCGCCUUCUUGAGUAGGCUUGAUGUGGCCAAGAACGCUGCUAUGGUCGAUACCGUUGCGGACUUGUUCUAUGGGUCUCGUGAAGAAGCGACAUUCGAUGAUUUUGCGUUUGAUAUAUUGGGUGGUGAUAGUAAUUCAGAAUCUGAGAGCUGUGAAGAAUGGUUGGAGAGGGAGGAUGCGGUGACAUAUUCAAGGAAUUUUACGACAGAACCCAUUUUGGUUGUUGGAGCUGUGCAGGAUCAGAUAUCGUGUUCUUUGGGAUGCAAGUUUGGUUCAGAUGAAGGCAGGGUUCCUGAUGCUUCGUUUGGUUCCCCUAGACGAGAUGGAAUAGCUCAUAUUCGACGAUCCAUGGAAUCAACUGUAUAUUUUCAAGACAAUGAUAUUGCAGUGGCACGACGGAGGGGAUAUGACAUUGUAAUGACUACCAGUCUGUCAUCUGAUGUUCCAGUUGGGUAUUUUUCGUGGGCUGAGUAUGACAUCAUGGCACCAGUACAGCCAAAAAAUGAAAGUGCUCUUGCAGCAGCAUUCAUUUCCAAUUGUGGUGCCCCAAAUUUUCGGUUGGAAGCUCUUGAGGCACUUGAAAAAAUGAACAUCAAGAUUGAUUCUUAUGGUGGUUGCCAUAGGAAUCGUGAUGAAAGAGUGGACAAAGUGGAAGCUCUGAAGCGCUACAAAUUUAGCUUAGCAUUUGAGAAUUCCAAUGUGGAGGAUUACGUGACUGAAAAAUUCUUUCAAUCCCUGGUCGCUGGAUCUGUCCCUGUGGUUGUUGGUGCUCCAAAUAUUCAAGAUUUUGCUCCUUCCUCUGGUUCCUUUUUACAUAUAAGACAGCUCAAAGAUGUUGGUUCAGUUGCUAAGACCAUGAAGAUGCUAGCAGAAAAUCCUCAAGCAUAUAGUCAAUAUUUGAGGUGGAAGUACGAGGGCCCAUCUGAUUCUUUCAAGGCACUAUUGGAUAUGGCAGUGGUGCAUUCAUCUUGCCGCCUUUGCAUUCACUUGGCUUCAGUGAUUAGAGAAAAGGAAGAAAAGAGCGCUGGCUUUAAGAAACGCCCUUGCAGGUGCACGAGAGGCUCAGAAACAGUUUAUCACAUAUAUGUGAGAGAAAGAGGAAGGUUUCAGAUGGAAUCUAUUUACCUGAGGUCUGGCCACUUGACUCUGGAGGCUUUGAAGUCUGCUGUUUUUUCAAAGUUCACAUCCCUGAAUCAUGUACCCCUUUGGAGGUCCGAGAGACCUGAAAGCAUAAGAGGAAGCAAUGAACUAAAAAUUUACAGAAUAUACCCCCUUGGCAUGACCCAGAGACAAGCUCUUUAUACCUUCAGUUUUAAAGGGGACGAUGAUUUCAGGAAUUACCUGGAAAGCAAUCCUUGUGCGAAGUUUGAAGUCAUAUUUGUUUAGCCUAUGCUUAAGUCAUAUUGUUUUUCCAGUUUAUGUAAAUAUCAAACACAGCGACUUUACUGGAAAAGUUUUGCAGGAUAAUGAAUGUAAUUCCUCUCUCCCGUGA